GAAAAAGAAGGCUAAAACAGAUACCAGCUAAUCAACUCAAAUAGACGUGACGUAAAGAUAAAAAAGCGAAAAUGUCUACUGCCGGAAUGGGAAGACAAAGCCGUCUCUGUGUCAUACUGGUAAAAGUAGGAACACCAGUAGCAAGAGCAGUAUUCGAGAAACGUGUCAAAGAUCUCACUCCGCCUAACCACGAUCCAUCUCCUUGGACAGUUGACGAUUUUCUUUCAGAAAACAAGCCAAAAAUAAGAUCGAUGAAGCUUAAAAGUCAGAUGUGGUCGAAGAUGUUCCCCGUUCAGUCACAUGUGAUAAGGUUAGAACAAUGGGACUUAGCACUGCUGUGUAGGAUUUUAACUGAAUGCUGUGACCUUCGGCCAGAUAUUAGACUUGAUAUUUACCAGUUACGAAAAUUACGCAAUAAACUUUUUCAUAUGAGUGAACCGAGUAUUGAUGAUCACAAAUAUCAGCAUUAUUUGGCUAAACUGAAGGUGAGUUUCGAUAGAUGUCUUAAAGAAACAAACGAUGAUGUUUUCACGACAGAAAUGGAUAAAAUGUUUGAGGAUCUUGAACAUGGACAGUUUUCACAAGUUGAUGCAGAAGAAGUGAUGGAAAUGUUGCAGUUCAUGCAGGAAGAAACAAACGAAAGAUUCUAUGAACUUGGACAAAACCAACAAUCGACGAAUGAGAGACUUGAUGACCUGUUACAAAAAGUUGAAGUGUUAACAACAAGUUUAGAGUCUGUAAACAAGCUUAAAGUUCCUGAAUCUGGUGCAAAAAUAGAAGUAAGGAACUGUUGUUUAGAAAAAGACAAUGAAAUUUCCAAACUUAUGAUACAAUGUUUCGAAGAAUGCAUUGAUGAUGAUGAUGGUGAAGUUUCUGAAAGUUCAACAACUUCCCACGCUAAGUGUAAAGAAGCAGUGCACAAAAUGUAUACAAAACUUUUGUCCAAGGGCUAUAAAGUCAUAGACGCACACAAAGAAUGUGUUUUUCUUCAUAUACAGUGUUCUUCAAUGGCAUCAUUAAUGUCAUAUUUUCACGACUAUGUCAGUGGACAACUUGCUCUUGAGUUAAAAAUAGCAGAGGACACCAUUAGAACGAUUGAUGGGUGUGAGGAUAUAGCGUUGGAAAUUGUGAUAAACACUGAGGAAAUACUGGAAACAAUAAAUGGAAUUGUUACGACAGUUUCCGAGUUAAUGAAAACUGAAGGAAUUCUAUCACAGACAGCAGAAGAAGAAAUCCAAUCAAAAAGGAAAAUUGUGGAAACGGGCUGUGCAGAGCAAGGUAUCCAGGACGACACAACAAAUUUCCAGACCUCGGUGACAAGCAAUAGAGUCCGACAUAGCGAAAGAAUUACGACAGUUUCCGAGUUAAUAAAAACCGAAGGAGUUCAUACACAGAUAACAGAAGGAGAAAUCCAAUCAAAAGGGAAAUAUGUGGAAACAGAUUAUGCAGAGCCAGGUAUGCAGUACGACACUGCUGAUUUCAAGACCCCAGUGACAAGCAAAAUAUUCAGACAUAGGGACAGAAAUAAGCGGCACCUGUACGAGAAUGAAAAACUUUGUGUCACAAAGGAGCGUGUUUAUUGGCUGAAAGCUCUGAAAGGACUUUCGAUUACAAAAGACGUAGUACUGCCGCUUGUUUCGUCAAUCUUCAGGCAGUUCUAUAACAACUGUACUGUCAAUGAACGAGGUCACAUUCAACAUCUGCUUACCAUUGCAAGUAAUCGUGAUACCUAUAAACAGGUAACGGGAGUACAGACAGGCCCUAACGUUUGGGAUGUCAACUGCUCCGACUGCAAGCCCUUACUGAUGAAACUACUGCGGGCUCACUGGAAACCAUCACAAAUUGAGUGGGGUAACAUUGGUGCUGGAGGGGUAGAUGACUAUUGGAAGAUUGCGAAGCUGUUUAUGCCAUGUGGAAACAAGGACAGUAGGGGGGACCUGAAGACACAAACAUUUCGGCAAUUUUCGAACUCUUGAGAAACUUCAAGAUUGACAACUUUAAUCAGGAAGCGACAGAUUUGAAUCAGCUGAUAAGAGACGGAAAUGAGCUGGUACAUUCACCUGACAAUGAGAUACCUGAGGAGAAAAUGAAUGAUAUUUUCAAACACAUAUUCAAAUUCUUGGAGAGCAACAGACUGGGUGAAGGAAACACAACGAACGUCAGAAUAGAAUUAGAACAGCUUCAGAAAAAUGUAUCCAACAAAGACGAUCCAAUGUACAGACAGGUUCUACAGAUACAACACAUGAGACUCGAGUUUGAUGAACAGGAAAAUGUAAAAAGAGACGAUAUCUUUAAAAAGAUUAAUCAGAUAGCGGAAGAGCUAAAAAUAGAAAAAGAUAGAAUGGAGAGGGAAAUCAAAGAAUUAACGGCAAUGCUAGAAAUGAAAGAUCUCGAUCUAUUUGCAAAAAAUGUUGAACUGAUGAAGAUGAAAAGCCAUAAGAAACGUAUUGCGGAAGAGAGUCUAGGCCUAGCGGAGCGUAUUUUGGUAGGGUCAGCAACUGGAGGAACAGUAGGGCUGCUCAUAGGACCGAUAGGAGCUGUUGCUGGUGCGACAGGGGGUGGGGUAGUUGGGUUGAUGUCCUAUUUGUGGGACAAGAUUACAAAGUAAUAAAAAGCUGUAUGUAUUACAAAAAUACAAUACCAAAAAAGCAGAUUGAAAAUUAUAUGCUGGACUUUUCAUUCGUUUUCUUCUUUUUUUACCUUUUUCGACACCUAUACUAUUCAAUUUAUUAUAUAAUAGAGUUCCGGUUAAUAAUUUGGUGACGUGUGUUGCACAUUUCGUUACCUCUUAUAAGCAAACAAAAUCAGUCAAAGUAUGCUGUGAUUAUGUUCCAAGAACGCAGCCUCCAUGACAUCAGAACCACAUUUAGCUGUGUAUAUAUUUAUACAUGACAUACAUAUACCCUGUAGUGCAUAGGCA